UGAUGACGAUGAUGACGAUGAUGAGCAUUCGGUGCUGGAGGAUACUUUUCUGCGGAUGCAUAGUCCUGAGCUGGGCGAAGGGAUCAAUGGGCUCGCAUCGGCUAGGUUCUCACUACCCACCCCCGCCGGCGAUGAUAUCGAGAUCGUCAGUGCCUCACAAACGUUCGUUUCCUCCAUGCAGCAAUCGAACAGCAUGAACGGUGGACCUCCAGCCGAGUUGGAGAUCAAAGACGAAACCCAAUCAUCACCUAUGUUCCGACGCAUAAUGGAUCCAGUGAGCGCCGGCAUAGAAUCUCAAUCACUGCCGCCCCUGCCACAGAUCGAAGUUCCCUCCUCGCAAUCGACAAACCGUUUACGCUACAGACCUUCUCCGGUCCCCGCGCAGUCUUCACGCCUCCACAGGAACUUCGCUUUCACCACCAGUAACGGGGCAAAACGGAAGGGCCGCGAUAUCUAUGAUUUCCCUUCCACCGACGACGAUGUCGAAGAGAAUGAAACCCCGCGUCCGCGUAUAGGACGCGGAAAGAAGGUCAAUAGUGCUAAGCCUACGAAAGCUGUUCCCGAAUCACCGUCUGUGCAGCUGGAACACGAGCAUCUCACCUCUAGCCAAAAGAAAACAGGUAAUGGGAGCGCUCGCAAAGCGCGGAUGAGAAGGCCGGCCGCGCAACUUGCUGAGGAGGAUCAUGUUGAGAAGGGGACAGCCGAGAGGGAGGAGACUGAAGCUAUUGCUACCGCUGCCGCUGCCGCCGCCAAGGAACAGGAGCGCCAACAGAAGGAAGCAGCAGAGGCCAGACAGAGAGCUCUUCAAGCUGCCGAAGAGCGCGAGCGUCGGCAAAAAGCUGAGCAGGCGAGAUUGGCGAAGGAGGAGGAGGAACGGCUUGCGAAAGAAGAGGCCGAGAAGGUGCGCCUGGCUAAAGAAGAGGCCGAGAAGCAACGUCUAGCGAAACAGAAGGACGAAGAGGCAAAACGGAAAGCCCAAGAGGAGGAGAAGGACCGUCUGGCGGCAGAGGCGGCUGCCGAGGAGGAACCCUUGGUGAAGGAGAAGGCCGAACAAGAACGUUUGGACCAAGAAAAGGAACGUCUUGCAAAAGAAAAGGCUGAAAAGGAACAUUUGGCCAACGAGAAGCCUGCCGCGGAACCUGUUGCGGAAAGGAGGGCUGAGGACGGGCGAUCAACGAUAGAGAAUGAAGAGCGGGAACGCCUAGAAAAGGAAAAGCAGGAAGCAGCCGAGGAGUCUGGAACUGAUGCCAUAAAGAAGCUACAAAACGAGUUGAGGAAGAAGAAGGCUGCUGGGAAAAAGGAGAAGACUCCGAAGGCAAAGGACCGGAAGGCCAACGAGCUCGAAGAGCAGAAGGCGAAGGAGCUCGAAGAGCAGAAGGCCAAGAAGACGAAGGAGCUCGAAGAGCAGAAGGCCAAGAAGACGAAGGAGCGCGAGGAACAGAAGGCCAAGAAGACGCAGGAGCGAGAAGAACAGAAGGCCAAGAGGACAAAGGAGCUCGAAGAGCAGAAGGCUAAGAAGACAAAGGGGCUCGAAGAGCAGAAAACAAAAGAGACAGUUCAGAAAGCUAAGGAUCACGAGCAGCAGAAAGCGAAGGGAAAACAUGUGAAAGAUGAAGUCACCCCAACAGCUACCAAGUCUGAAGCUAUGACUGUCAAACCAGAAGUUACGGCAACGAAAAAGCGUGCUAGAAAGGACAGCCUGCCUACUGGGGAUGGCAAGAUAUCUCCGGAUGCGAAGGUCUCCAAUAAGAAAGUACGGACGCAUUCACCCGUAGCUGUACGCCAAAGCCAGUCAUCUUCUACACCCUCAGCCGAACGAGAUAUGGGUCCUCCUCCAGUUCCGAACUCCGCCAUGAAACGAAGCAACCUUAAGAAGGAGCUAUCUUCCCAAGAGCCCCUGUCAGCCAGCAAAAAGAGAAAUUCCGUUUCCUUUGCCGAAAACAUGCCCAGCAGUCAAGGGUUUCCUGGUUCCUCGGCUCCAACCAUGAGCUCAACCCCUACUCCGAUUGCUCGUCCCUUAAAGCGGACACCCAUUGUAUGUCCAUUGCCCGCCGCAACCCCAAUGUCCUCUAUAAACCCUUCGCUCCGAACUGUCACACCAAUUCUCCCUCCCGGCUCUGUCAGACCUUCUGAAAAGAAGGAGGUUGUGACAGCGAGAAAACCGCCGACCCACAAGCCCGAAUCUAGUUCUGAAUCGGAAUCCGAAUCAGGAUCGGGCAGUGAAUCUGAAAACGAGGCAGUUCCCAGGGCGUUGCUGUCAGCCAAAGUCGCCGCUCCUACUAAGCCAAAGGUAAGCAGAAAGCUGCUGGUGGUCGAAUCCAACCUAAAGGCCUCCACCAAGAAGGCAAAUACUCCUACAGCGGGCUCUGCACCGGUCCCAACAAAUAACAACGGUUCCGAUGUCGAAAUGCAGGAUGCUCCUCCUCCUUCCACCGCCCCAGUCUCUUUGAAAGCGACGAGACCAAAGACGCCCUCUGCUACCGCUAGGGUCUCACAUGCUGCCCCGGUUGCCAAAAGUGCGCCUCACGUCGUUUCUAGUGACUCGGAAUCAGAAGACGACGACGAGAUGAAGCCACCUCCGUCAGCGCAGAUUUCCAAGUCCGAGCCGCCGCAGAGCUCGCAAGCCUCUAAGUUGGUUGGCGCCAAAAAGCCAGUGGCUGCCACUGUGGCGGAUGACUCGGACUCGGGUUCAGACACCGGCUCAGAAUCCGAUGACCACGAUGAUGAACCGACUAGCACUAACAAGGCAGCUUCUGCGCUGAAUUCCCUUCUUGGAAAAGCCAAAUCCACCGCACAGUCGCUCGUCAAGUCGAAAGCGAUUUCUCCAGCAAUGACCAAGAAGCUCAGCUCCCUUGGAGACCUAGAGAGCCGAGUGAAGUUUGACGUCCGAGAAAUUCACCCAUCUCAACAGGUAACGCAGCAAGCAUCGCAAUCCACUCCAAGUUCCCAAUCGACAGCCAAAAACGUCAACUCUGUAACGAAACGAGUCAUCGAGCCGGAGUCGGAGUCGGAGUCUGGGUCGGAGUCGGAGUCAGCCUCAGAUUCUGACAGUGAUGCCGACUCAAAAUCGAAGGCAGCGAUCCCGGACCACAAGAAGGCUGGUUCCAACAAAAAGAAGCCGGCGGGUGCAAUGGGAUUCGGACGAAUAUUUUCGGGGGUAUGAAGACAAUCAAUCUCCACAGUCCAUAGUGACUGACCCAAUACUGCGGAAAGUUAUUUGAAGUCCUGUUUCGCUCCUUUGUGUGAACAUCUGUGGGGAAUGGAGCGUGCAUCAAAAGUACUAUGUUUUUUUCUCUUCUUCUUUCUUGAUUUCUCUUUCCUUUCUGUUUUUCUGUGUGUGUGUCCAUUGUGUAUUUCUUAAUGUGACAUUGGAGGCGAAGUGGGCGUCUUUUCUUCCCAGCGGGUUGCUGCUGUAGCUUGAGGCGUACGAAGGAAGUGGGGUUUGCAUGCAGGGUGAGUACGAAGAUAAUGUACCUAGAGUAUCUACCAGAUAAGGGGUGAUGGUUGAACGAAAGUGGCUAG